AUGUCACAACCAGACAGAAGCCGCUUAACAUCCCUUUCAAAAGAAGAGUGCCUUGCACUAAUUCGCCUACUUUCAGGACCCAGUGGACUUCCACACGAUGCAGAAUGGUUCGCAAAACAAAAACACAAAAUCGAAAACCUACCCAAAGCGCUCCUCCGGCCUUCUAAUCCUCUAGCACGAACCCUGAGCGCCAUGAAGAGACCGCUAAUACACUUUAAAAUUGGCGAAGAAGGUGCGCAGCUUUGUAAAGUACACAAACCCUUGAACCCACAGCUAAUCCGCCGUGUAUUCCUCAGUAUCAGUCAAGAAUGUACAAUUCGAAAUCAAUAUUUUCAGAAGAAGGGCACGGAUUUACCAGACAAAGUAUACGUAUGGACCAGACGUAUAGAAUCUAUCAACAGUCUGUGGAUGUCUCCUCAGCUUUACUUCUAUACUUUCAAUGCAUCUUCUAAAAGUCCGCAUUACGAACGUGUUCUUUCGGGAUGCGAGGCUUGCAUCGUUGCUACAGUCGGUAGCAACUUGCAAAUCAUCUUGGAUUUGCAUGCAAGCCUUAUAAGCCGUGAUUGGACAGAUCAUGAGCCUCAUCUCUUAAGAUUCGUCACAGAAUGGCUUCAUAAUAUCGGCGGAUCGGCUUUGAUACCUUGGAACGAAGAGUUUGGCGACCAUCUUAUGACGCUCCGUGAGACGAUGCGUCGGGAAAGAUAUCCCAACGGUAAGCGUCAAAGUGAAGAAGCUAAGAGGAGUUCCAAGCAAAGUGUCAAGGAUGGGCAGAGAAGAUCCCCUUCAAUGACACGUUCUUUCUCUAAACUUGGGAGGUCGCCCUCAAUGAAAUCAUCCAAGCUUCAAAGAACACCAAGCCAGAAGACCAAAGACACCCCGCCAAGCCCGACUGUCGGGUCACCCAAAAGUCAUUCUAUAGGUGGAACUCCCUAUCGGUACGUACCGCCGUCUCAUAAUCCUUAUGAGGAUACACCUGAGUCGGAGAUUACUCCCUCCUACUCCUACCCCGAACCUACUGCUGAUCUUCCAGCAGGCAGUGGCAUUGAGGACAUAGACAGCACCGAAAACAACAUUAACGAACAGCCAGUAGAUGAAAUAGCAGACUCGAUACUAGACUACUAUUUAUCUCGUUACUCGAUGAUGGCCGGCGAGGAGAUGGACAUUACGAGCUUGGCAGAGGGUAUGCAUCCAGCAUUUCGCAACACCAUGUUUGGAAAUGAUCCGACUGGUCAGUAUAGCAAUGUUGGGGGUAAAAGCCGUCAUCACCCUUCGACUUCCAAGUUUGGAAAUCUUCCUGUUCCUGCCGAAAUCAAAUCCGAAAAAGCCAAUGGCGCCUAUACCGCCAGCGUGUAUAGUCAGGCCCCUUCAAAAGGUUACUUCGCUCCUUCGAGUAAACCUUUCGACGGUGAAAGACCACGGUCGUCCGCGACCAGGCCUCCAACACGGCGAGGAGGUUCCUCAGUUUCUGGAAGCAACAAUGACCCUUAUGGAUUGAACGAUCUCCCUAAGACUAAGGAGAGAGUGGAGUUGAGUAGACCUCUCGACCAGGGAAGACCACGAUCAUCUGCGACUCGACCUCCGACUCGACGAGGAUCCACCACUUCUCGAAGCGACAGCGAUCCCUAUGGAUUAUACGACCUUCGUAAUUCCAAACAAAACGAAGAGCGGGGAUCUAUGAGAACAGGAUCGAUCAGUCGAGCAGGCUCAGUCAAAAGUUCCAGACCUAAGAUCGCGCUUUACAAGGAGCCAUUUUACUCACUAGACUCUAGGAGCAAUCUAAACCAAACUUCUUUGCCACAACAACAAACCAGAGCAGAUCAAUCAACCCUCAAUGUUCCGUACGGACAUGCCUCGAGAGCCGAGUCCAUCUGGAUCGACGAAGACGUUCGCGCAUCGAUCGCAACCCAUUCAACCGCUGAAUCAUCCCAAUCCUACCUCGAAUGGAAGCAAAAAGCGCAAGAAGAGCGCGAUGAAGUAUUCCGAAACCUGACAAACGGCCUGACUGAAGCUGAAUUCCAAGCCAAGUACAAAGAUCUCGAGAUCUCAAAGAGCGACAAGUCUCUCCGGAAAGGUAAGAGCAUCAGACCAAAACCACCGCCAAGUAUGUAUAAUAGUAAGAACCAAGGGAGAAAGAUGAUGCCUAGGGAGAGCAGGAGUAGUCGACGGACUGGGGCGGGGAAGGAUAUGGGCUCGGAUAUCAUGCGAGGGAUGAGACAAUCGCUGGGCUCAGAGUCGGAUAGGUCGACGGGGACGAGAUGGAGCGCUUGGGAUAUUGGGGAUUAG